AUGGAGUUUGUAGGGAUUGAUGUUGGGAACUACAAAACUUUGAUUGCGUCAUCUAAAGACAAUGGAAAGGUGUAUGGUGACGAGCAGGGGAAGCGUGGAGUAAGGACAAUAAUGGAAUUGAGCAAGCCGAUCCGUAGGUUUGGAAAUGGCGUGACUAGCGAUGUAAGCGAGAUGCUUGAACGAAGAAGACGAAGCUUCCGAGAUGAGUUGAACGACAGCAAAGGAAGGGGAGACAUGGGGAUGUUUAUGAAGUAUCUUGAUAGGAUAAUAAAGAGCAGCACACCGACGCAUCCGCCAAUAUGCAUGACUGUACCGGUGUACUUUAAGGAAAGGCAGAGGCGAAUUCUGAGCGGCAUAGCUCAUGCAGUUGAUUUUAAACUUGAGGAGAUAGUGACAGAUGUUUCUGCGAUCGGAAUGUUUGCUUGUGUCAGACGUGAGAAUAUGCCUGAGACGUUCAUGGUGCUUGAUUUCGGAUAUUCGAAGACGACAGCAGGUUUAUUUAAGUUUGAAAAGAAUGUGCUUAAGCCGGUGUAUAUGAAUGUAGUGAAGACAGGGUCGAUGCAGUUUGAUGAGAAACUGAUUGAGAUAGUGAUAAAGAAGAAUGCACUUGAGGGGAAUGCAUUGACAAUAGAGAAGGUGAGAAGGAAUCUUGACAAGAUCAAGACAACAUUGAAUUCAACAGAAAGCUGUAGUCUGCAUAUAUUUAUUACAGACAAUGCGAUUGAUGUGGUAGUUACACAGGAAGAGUAUAGACAAGCAGUGGCUGAGGAUGUAAAUGAACUCAAGAAGUUUGUUACAAGGGUGAUUGAGGAUACUAAGCAUGAAGGAGCUGUAGAAGUGACAGGAGGAAAUGUAAACUCAUUUGUUGUUAAAGAGAUGCUUGAAGGAUUAGUGGGCUAUCAGGCCACAUUGGAUGUUUCAGAGUCAUCGGCAAUAGGAUCAGCACUUGGAAUGGCAUGCAGGUCUUUUAAAACAAAAUUUUCAUUGAAUGAGAUAGUUGGAAGGGAGAUAUGUGUGAAGAUGCAGAAUGAGAAUGUGAAGCCAACGGUGGUGUUUAAAGCAGAUGAUAUUAUUGGAGGGAAUGCAAAGAUGGUUACAUACUACAGGAAGGAACGAUUUGAUUUGGAGGUGAUUGAGGACGGAGAGGUGAUAUCUGUCCUAAGGAUUGAGAAAGGGGAUAGUGAAGAAGCGGAGGCAGUGAAUGUGUCUCUGGCGAUUAGUAAGCUUGGAACAGUUUGUGUUACUGCAGUGAAUGUUACAAAGACAGGCAGUGGGACUGAGCCGAUUCAGUACAAGUAUGAGUGUUUUGCGCUUUCUGAUGAGGAGAUGAAUGAAAUAAAGGCCUUAGAGGAGGAAUACAGAGAUUGCGAGCUUGGAAUUGAGAAGGUUGGAGCAAUGAGAAAUGAGUUAGAGACGAUGGCUAUUGGCCUUGGAGAUGCUCUUGAGUCAAAAUUCAGCAAUGUCUUCAAUGAAGAGGAGAUUAAUCGUGUUAAGGAGAUUGCGAUGGAUUUGUUUGAUAUUACACUUCCUGAUACAGUCAAGGAAGAAGAGAAGAUAAGAAAAGACUUGCUGUCAAAGCUUGAAUUUGUGUCUGCAAAGUUUGAUGAAUGUAGAAAGAUUGUUGUGAAUGAUCUUGAGAAGGGAAGAGAUAUGGUGAAUGAGUUUAAGAGUGAGAAUCCGAAGAUGUUUACACCGAGCUUCUACAAAUUACAGGGUCUUCUUUACAAGGCCGAAGAAUGUUUGAAAACGUUUAGCUUGAAUGUAUUUAAUGCUGGCAGCUUUGAUGGAACGAUUGCAGUGAGUAUUUUGAAGGACAUACAACUCUAUAUGGGCAAAGCCAAGGAAGAAGUUGAACUGAAGAAGGCUGAGAUGCAGAAGAAUGAGGAGAAGUGCUGUUCAAAGGAUGAAUGUUGUGAGGAUAAUGAGUGUUGUGAAGAUGAGGAGGACGAUGAUAUGAAGGAUGAUCAGGCAGAUGACAAUAAGGAGUCUGAUGAUAACAAUUAA